AUGCUGUGUCGUCCUCCAAGAUCACCUAUCAACCGGGAACAAAGGCCUCCAGCCUAUUUGGUAAGACCCAGUGGAACGUGUGAGACCGUCUCUGGACUUUUCGCUCUCUGGCACGAGGAGCUGGAGAUCGUCAUUGACUCAAUGGUCCGGGAGUCGCUCCCCGAUUACUCAGUGAAAGCAAAGACUGCCUUGGAGAAGUAUGCAAGCGGAACUAUGACUCAGGAAGAGUACGAAAAGACGGUGACGGACAUGGCAGAGAGUCAGUACGAGCUACUUGAAACCUGGAAAUCCAAGGAUCUUUCGAACUAUGCUGAGGAGGAUGAGGUACGAGCUGAUGGUCGAAGCUUGGGUCUAGUACCCGGAAGUCAGGCCGAAACGGAGCCCGAAGAAACCAAAGGUCUGCUCGAAGAGGAUACUGGGCCGCUUGAAACCUCAUACGCUGGCACUGACUGUACAUUCAAGGACGCAUUCGACAAAUGGUCCGAAUGGACAAAGCAGACUGCUAAGCUGCAGAAUAAAGUCAUCUUAUGGUGGUUGGAACGACAAGCUCAAGAUAUGCAAUCUGUGCGAUCCAAUUUGAUAGAAGGAAAGAGCUCGACAAACGAUACUCAGAAGAUUCUAGAGAUUAAAGCCCUCGGAUUCCAUCCCCAAAUACAGACUUGGCAGCGGGAUCCUAGCAACAACAAUCCUGACGAGAGGCGGAUAGUGGCAAAGCUGAACGAGGAGUGCAGCAUCAUGUCUCGGUCUCAGACUGACGCCUUGUGUGGGUCUAACGCUCAAACCAUAUUCCACCAUCUAAGGGCCUUGGGAUUCGAAGACAGUAGUGAGAUGCUCACGGACCAUGAUACGUCUAUUCCAGCAGAAAGUUUUCAGGGCGAGAGCAGGAGAGUAACUCAAUCCACCUCUUUCUCUGCCUUCAUCAACCAAUCUCCCCAGCUUUUACCUCGUAUUGGAAUUGAAUUUGACUCGAAGAUGUCCUACACUCCGGACGUUUACAUUGGCGCUUUGGCGUCGGCACAUGCUCUCAUCUUCCCUGGCAGCUCGACGGCGCCAGACCCGCAAUUUUCGUCGACUUUCGUCUUCACGGAGGUUGGUGACCCCUCCAGGAAGAAUCGAGUUGCAACGUUUGGAGCCAAGUUACUCACCAAGUCUAUGGAAAAAUGGUGUUCCGAAGGCGGCGAGAACGCCAAUGCUGAUCGCAAGAGAGCUCUAUGA